AUUUCCAUCUAGCAGGGCCUUGAAUAUAUUGUCAAAAUUAAGCAGUUAUUGCCCUUCCAAGAGCUCCCAAAGAGAAUGAUCGGUGGCAGUUCGAGGAAUUACUGGGUGUUUUGGCCGCCCGCCCUUCAGCUGCUCAACUUUCCUUCGCAGCAGCAGCAGGAGCAGGUCCCCCGUCCGGCGGUUCACUUUGAGUAUCCUCCGGGUCACCAGCUCCGCAUCGCACCCCAUCGCUUGAGAGCACCACGGACUGUUCCCGAUGCCGAUGCCUCCAGUUCCCCGGAGACCGGAAAUGGGCCCAAGCCGGAAGUGAUUUUCAUGCGGCGCUGCUACAUGAUGGCCGGCCUAUUCUCAGUCACCACCGCGAUCAUGGCAAUGAUCCUGUCGAAGGCCCUUCCUUUAGAAGCCGAUCUCGUGCUGCCCGGCUUUAUUUGCGGAGUGGUGUCCCUUUUCGUACUUUUCGUGCUCUGCAUCGGAACCAAGUGCCGGAAGUUCUACUGGUUCAGUUUCAUCCUGGCAGGCAUGUUCUCGAGUCUUGCUGGCGUGAGCGUGAUCCUGGUUCUCCUGGAACGAAACCUAGUGGUCGUGUGCCUCGCCCUUCUGGCUGCCUCCGCCGUGAUUGUGAUCUGCUAUUUUGCUGGAGCCUGGCUGCCCAGGAUCGUUCUCCCUGGCGAGGCAACCAUAUUGCUCCUGGUCUUCGUCUUCGUGGUGGCCUCCAUCUUCGUGCUGAUCAUGUUUGUCUUCACGAACAGGAGGAUCUACCAACUGUUGUACUUCAUUUUUUUGGCCAUUAUGGUGAUUCCCACAGCCCUGUACCAUGCUCAGGUGGUUCACGGCAGGCGGUUCAAGCUUCCCGUCUACGAGUUCGUUAUUUGCGCCGUCACAGUCUAUCUGCACUUUCUGUUGUCCUUCACAGCCUUUUACUACCUCAUCUGGACACCCAGGUGGUGAUCACUUCUGGGCCUACGGCUUCUUCAGGUGGCUGGACACCAUCACAACGGCUGGAGUUUAAAUGUGGAAAUUCGGCUCGGAUUUGAGUUGAGUAUACUGUCUUUGGCUAA